ACCAUAAUAACUGGCCCUGCAAUUUACUAACAACCCAUUCAAAUGCGCUUCGUCGUCGAAUUCUUCUCUUUACUUCUCAAACAGAUAUACUGAGGGCUUUUGGCCACACGUGGUACAUUCGUUUACACUUACACCCACACCAUCUGAUCUAAAUUUGGGGUCGAGGACCUUUGUUAUAUCCUUCCCCUUUGACACAAAAUGGUGUCGACGGGGGAUGACGUCGAGGCUCAGGCGCCCAACUCGUCCCUCAAGAGAGGAGCGGGAGAAUCGGGUGUACGUUUUGUCGGCGAUGGCGAGAAGCAGCCGGCAGCCGGGAACUUGGCCUCCGACGUCCUCUCUCUCUCAAGUGACGCCCCCGGAGACAAGACUCAUCGCUCCCUGAAAUCUCGCCAUAUCCAACUGAUCGGCAUCGGAGGCACCAUUGGUACGGCCUUAUACGUGCAAAUUGGCCGGGGUAUCCUCAAUGGGGGUCCGGGAAGCUUGUUCCUUGCGUUUACAAUAUGGUGCUCCUUUAUCCUUGCCAUCACCACGUCCAUGGCGGAGAUGGUGACGUAUCUGCCCAUAUCAUCGCCCUUCGUCCGGUUCGCGGGCCGUUAUGUCGACGAAGCCUUUGGUUUCGCCACGGGAUGGAACUUCUUCGUGUUUGAGGCGGCCAUGGUGCCCUUCGAAAUCACGGCGUGCAACGUCAUCAUUCACUACUGGAGUGAUGCUGUUCUGGUCGGCGCCAUCAUAACAAUCAUUAUUAUCAUGUUUGCACUUAUCAAUCUUCUUGCCGUGCAAUGGUACGGCGAGAGUGAGUUUUGGGCCGCACUGGGCAAGUUUGUCCUCAUCGUCGGUCUCUUAAUAUUCACCUUCAUCGUCAUGCUUGGCGGCAACCCCUUGCACGACCGCUUCGGAUUCAGGUAUUGGAGUAACCCUGGCGCAUUUGCCGAACUGUACCAUAAAGGUAACCUGGGCCGGUGGCUGGGAUUUCUGCAAUGCCUGAUCCAGGCCUCCUUUACCAUUGCCGGGCCCGAGUAUGUUUCCAUGGCGGUGGGCGAGGCCGAGAACCCGCGCGUGGUUAUGCCGCGCGCCUUCAACGCCGUCUUUUAUCGCCUAACAGCCUUCUUCGUUCUUGGUUCCCUAGCCGUGGGCGUCUUGGUCCCCUACGACGACACCGAGAUGGCGCUGGCAUUUUCCAGCGGUGCCCCGGGUGCCGCCGCCAGCCCCUAUGUCGUGGCCAUGCACCGUCUCCAGAUCCGCAUCCUUCCUGACAUUGUCAAUGCCAUAGUGCUCACGGCCGCCUUCUCAGCCGGCAACAGCUACGUCUAUUGCGCCUCUCGCUCCCUCUACGGCCUCGCGCUCGAGGGAAAAGCCCACUCCAUCUUCACCCGCUGUACCGCCAAGGGCGUGCCCAUCUACUGCGUCCUCCUUGUCCUCGCCAUUGCUCUGCUCAGCUUCCUGCAGGUCUCUAAUGACUCGGCUGUCGUCUUGCAGUGGUUCGUUAACCUAGUCACGGCCUCCCAGCUCAUCAACUUCAGCUCCAUCUGCAUCACGUACCUGUGCUGGCACGCCGCCCUCAAGGCCCAGGGCAUCAGCCGCAGCUCCCUGCCGUACAGGGCCCGUUUCCAGCCCUACGCCGCCUGGUACGGCCUCGCCGGGUGCUCCGUCAUGACCUUUGUCAGCGGGUAUACGGUGUUCCUGCCGGGCAACUGGGACGUGGCGACGUUUAUGUUUUCAUACACCAUGAUCUUCAUCUGCCCGCUGCUGUUCCUCGGAUGGAAAGUUCUCAAGAAGACCCGCAUCCACCGCCCCAGCGAGGUCGAUCUGAUCAAGAACGUUGCCGAGAUCGAAGAGUAUCAGCGCACGUUUGUAGCGACUCCUCCCAGGAACGCUUUUGACAGGCUGCUGGAUUGGAUAUUUGGUUAGACUUGACGCUUGAUUGCAUUUCUCGGUUGCUGCAAAGACGGGAAAAAUACAUGCCUUGAUAUCUACCUGAGAUACCUAGAAGAUUUCACGACUAGUUUAUUUGUUUCCUCACUAUUUGAGCUAGAAAGAGGAAGAAACUAGGACGGGGCAGCUAACUCCCACUCGAUUGCAACCUGUGUAGCUGGAUGAGAAACAAUUGGGUUUAUGACAUGAAACUAAGGCGAACAGUGAAUGGGUUAACAUGCAGCAGAGUAGAUCAUAGAGAUAGCCAGUUAGGCAUGCAUAGCGCCUAAGUGUUACGCGACACAAAAUAAAUUGCCAACA